AUGCAGAUCAAAGCCAGCAUCAUCGCCGCUCUAGCCCUCACCACCCCUCUCGUUUCUGCUGUUGGCAAGGCCCGCGUGGUGAACAACUGCGACUACGAAGUCAGCGUCUGGUCCGUCGGCAGCGCUAUCGCCGGUCCUUAUCGCUUGGCCCCUAAGUCUGGGUCUUACGCCGAGACUUUCGUCAAAGACCCUAAGACUGGCGGCAAGGCCAUCAAGAUCACAACCGCUCGCGACGGCCUCUACACUGGCGCUCCGCAGCUCAACUUCGCCUACUCCCUUGACGGUGUCAAGAUCUGGUAUGAUCUUAGCAGUGUCUUUGGUGACGCCUUCAAGGGCAAGAAGCUCGUCGAGAGAAGCGCCGACUCGACCUGCCCCGCGAUCACCUGGGACAACGGCACUCCUCCAGCUGGCAGUCAGGUCAAGACCUGUACGUCUGCCAAGGAUGUCACCCUAACUCUCUGUGCGUGA